AUGUAUACGUCUAGGAAUUACUCACCGAGUCAGGCAACCAGAAGAACUGGGGGGAUUGAAGCAUACCGAGAUCUAUCUUUACCUCGACAAGAAUCUGCUAGGCUAGAAGCAACUGAUGUCAAGAACUUUGUGACUCUCUGUGGGACAAAAUUUAGAGCUCUUGAUGAAAGUGAAUGUUUUCCAAAAGAGUUGGCUGAAACUAAUCAUCGAAUUUUAUCAGCGUUUAUAAUGACAUCACAAGGUGUUGCACGUGACCCAAAGGUGGUUGCUCUGGCGACAGGAACGAAGUGCAUUUUGGAAAAAUACCUCACCGAAUCACGCGAUGGUUCAACAAUCAACGACUGUCAUGCUGAAAUUGUCUGUAGGCGUGCACUCAUUCGUUUUCUCUACUCACAGCUUCUCAAAGCACUAGAGUCGAACGAGCCUGAUGAGUCAAUAUUUGAACGAAAAUUGAAAGAUACGUUUGUACUACGAGAAGGCAUUCAUUUUCAUCUCUACAUUAGCAGGUCUCCAUGUGGAGACUCACUUUAUAGAAAAUCUCCUGGUCAUCUUCGUGUGAAGGAAGAAAGAAUACCAAACACAGUCAAACUCAGUGGCUCCGCAAAGCAUCACGGUUUUACGUGUACAAUGUCAUGCAGUGAUAAACUCCUUCGUUGGAAUGUGUUAGGUAUUCAAGGAGCUCUACUGAGUAACUUUAUCUCUCCCAUCUACUGCACAAGUAUUAUUAUUGGUGAUCAGUUCCAAAGUAAGCGCAUGAAGCGUGCCGUGUCUGAGAGACUAUUUGGUACAUCAGAUAGUCUGCAACCCCAAUUGUACGACGGCACUAUGCUGGAAGCUCAAAAGGCCAUUCGUGCCCAACUCUCGAAAAACAAACCACAAAAAGCUUCCAAACGAAAAGCUUCCAAAUGGAGUGUCAACUGGGUGAAAGAUUUUGAUUUUGAAAUAGUCAAAGCAAGAACAGGUAAACCGUUUGCUGCAAAAAUGUCUCGCCUGUGUAAAUGCAAACUAGCAGAACAGUUUGUAAAAGUAUGGGAAAAAGUUUAUGGAAAACAAGGUAAUAGAGAACAUACUGAUACUCUGUAG